AUGGAUCCGCUCAGUAUCGUUACCGCCGCGGCAUCUUUGGCUGGUGCUGUACUAAAGGCAUCAUUCAAAAUCAAAGAAACCAUCGACGCCUACGAAGAUGCACCGCAGAGUAUUGCUGACAUAGCCGAUGAGGUUCACGCGGUCCAAAUAGCCCUUCGACAGGUUGAGAGUGUCGUGAGCCAAGAUCCGGAUGCCAUUGAGCGGCUGGGAUUGGAAGACGUCUUCGCAAUCGCUGUCAACGGCUGCCAUGCGACGCUUUUAUCGAUCAGCAAGGAAUAUGAAAAUCUUUUCCUCCGUAGCGACUGGAAAGCUAAGAUACAGGCAUUAUGGAAAGAGGGAGAGAUGACUCGGCUCCUCGGUCGAUUGGAUCGAAAGAAAGCAACGUUGACGCUUUUGACCCAGACGUUGAAUCUGUAA